AUGAGUAUUCGCAGGUCACUUCUUGUUCGUUGGACUUGUCGAAUUAUUGCCUUUUCUGCAUUUGUUUGGACAAUUAGCUUACUUUGGACCACUCGACAAGGGAAUUCUGCUGAAGAACUCCAACAGUUGGAUAGAAUGCAGUCGCUUCCUAUCACCAUCCCCUCUAGCUCUAUUCAUCUUUUAAAGCUACGGGGACUCUUGCAUCGAGAUUCAAGACUAUAUAUGCCUGUUCCUUCACCAGAAACACCACAAUCUGUAUUCAAAUGUUUAUCCGAUUCCACUUCAAUUCCCUACUCGGCACUCAACGAUGACUACUGUGAUUGUGCAGACGGUAGUGAUGAGCCAGGCACAUCUGCUUGUGCCAAUAUUCAACAGUCUGUAUGGAUCUGUAGCAAGUCAAAAAAACAUAUUCCAUCUUCAAGAGUAGAUGAUGGAAUCUGCGAUUGUUGCGACUCGAGCGAUGAGUUGAACGCAUGCCGUAAAAUUCCAGUUUGUUUUUGA